AUGUCCAUGGCGUGCAGCGCGCGCAGCGAGUCCAGCAGCGCGCUAUCUCCAGAGCUGCGCACCUCCAGCGGCUCGCCCACCACCUGCACACCGCCACCACGUCCGCUCACUGCCGCUGCCCUCACUACAGUGCGCUGUCGCUGCUGCAAAGGGACGGCUGGGCCCAAGGCAGGCAGCCGCAGCGGGGCGUCUGCGGAGGGCGCGCCUCCAGCUCCAGCUGCAGCUGCAGCUAGGGGCCCGGGGCUGCGGCUGCGGCUGUGGCUGGGCGGCGGGCUGUCGUCGCGGUCCCUCUGCGGCGGCGACGGCGACCCGUCGUCGGAGCUGCUGGAGGGCGGCGGCGGCGGCGAGGGCGGCCGCGUGGCCGUGGCCUCGGCGCCCGGCGCCGGGAACUGCACGCGCCGCGGCGACCGCAGCGACGACUUGAGCGGCCCGCCCGUGUACACGCGCGAGUACGCCUCGCCCGCCGGCGUCUGCGUCACCUGCGCCACACACCUCGCGCUCACCAUUCGGUCCUGCUAA